GCGGACAAUAACUCCACUGUGAACUGACGCUCACCUCCCGUUAUUCCUCACCGAAACACUCACUCCCGGCCGCCAGUGACAGACAAGAGACGGGCUUCCAGGAGUUAGCGCCUCUAAAAAUACACAGGAGCCCCUUUCAAUCAUUUCAGUGUUUAAGAAAUCAUCCUUUGGCUGGAAAUAGACACGUGUGUUGCGGGCGGACACGAGCGGUCCCGGUGAAGUUUAUGGACUGAAAGUCUCGUCGCUCGUGUGGAUUAACUGGACUCAAAUCACUGCCAGUCUGUGAGAAGCGAAGCGUCGCGCUUUUUUGUUUGUUUCAAAGAAGACUUCAAUGCUUUAAAUGCAGACCGUCUCCGCAGGCAUGUGCUAUGCCACUGGAUAACCAAGAGGACAGCAGCCUCUCGAACAUUAUAUGUCUGACAAAUGUGUGUUUGCAGUGCAGUGUGGGAUGGCCCUCAUCUUGACCCUGCUUCAGUCCCUCAUCCUGGGUGUUCUGGGGCUCCACAGCAGUUACCCUCGCUUCUCCUCCAACCACACACUCCUUCAGCACCUGGCGUUGCACCCCGAUCCCAGCGUAGGCACCGUGUAUGUGGGGGCCCGGGACCAUCUGUUCCAGCUGGCCGGCCUUGAUGGCCUCCGUCUGGAAGUGGAUGAGGAAACCGGCCCGGUGAGAGACAGCAAGGACUGUCUGCCUCCAGUGACCCGGCAGAACUGCCCUCAGGCUGGGCUAGUCAGCAACCACAACAAGCUCCUAUUGGUGGACCCAUAUUCCCUCCAGCUCAUCACCUGCGGCAGCGUCCACCAGGGCACCUGCCAGAAACGAAGCCUCGCCAAUGUUAAAGAAGUGCUCUUCUCUGCCGAGAGGCCUGUAGAUACGCAGUAUGUGGCGGCUAAUGACCCGUUAGCGUCAACAGUUGGGCUAGUGGUGCGACCGCAAGACAAGGAUCCCGUCUUGUAUGUAGGUCGAGGAUACACCAGCAGUCACCCGCCAGUCUCCACUCGGCAGCUUUCAACAGAGCCUGUGUUUUCCUACGAGGAAACCGCCAAACUUGCUGUUGCUGGACGUCUUUCGGAGUAUGAUCACAAUUUUGUCGCCACCUUUGCGCGACGUAACCACGUCUACUUUUUGUUUUAUAGACGUGACCUGAAGGCUGCCUCAAGGGAGUAUCGGACGUAUGUUGCACGAGUUUGUUUGGACGAUCAGGCGUAUUAUUCUUACGUCGAGGUACCGCUGACAUGUCGCUCACGCUCGACUGGAAGGACUUACAGUUUCCUGCAGGGGGCGCAAGUGGGCGGGGAGGAGUCUGGAGGAUCGCAGGUGUUAAUGGGAGUGUUUUCGACAGGGGUUAGUGCUGCUAAUGGACCCGGUGAGGAAUCUGCAUUGUGUGUGUACUCUCUGGAGGAAGUGGACCGUGGGAUUGAUGCUACGCGAGACCUGUGCUACACGAAGGUUGGGGAGAAAGAUGGCAUCAAAGUGGCGUACAUUGAGUAUGAUGUCAAAUCCAGCUGUGCCAACCUGCCCACGAACACCCUGAACGCUUAUCCCUGCGGCUCGGACCACACCCCGAGUCCAAUGGCGAGCCGCGAGCCGGUGGAGGCUGAAGCUGUAUUGGACAGCCCGUCCGCUCGGCUCACUGCUGUCGCCGUCAGUGUGAAGGAGGGGCACACCAUUGUCUUCCUGGGAGACUCCAAAGGCUAUUUGCAUAAGGUGUUCUUGGGUAACUCGGGAGAGGUGAAGAACUACUCCAGUCUUCUCAUCCAGUCUGGUUUGGCCAUCAGCAGUGAUUUACUACUGGAUUCCAAUCACAGACACAUCUACAUCAUGACCAGCAAUUCUGUGGAGAAGAGGCCUGUGGCAGAGUGUGACACACACACGGACUGCUCGUCCUGUCUUUCGGUGAAGGAUCCGUACUGCGGCUGGUGUGUGCUGGACGGCCGCUGUGGGAUGCGUUCAGACUGUCGGCUGGGCUCGGUUGAAGGUCAUUGGCUGUGGAGUUUUGAUGAACAGCAGCAGUGCUUGAGCGUCCAGUCUCUGAGUCAAUAUAACGCCAGCCUUGGAGAACAGAAACGGAUUACUGUGGAUGUCCCGGGUUUGCCCAGUCUGUCAGAGGGUGACAGGUAUUCCUGUUUUUUUGAAGACGCUGAAACAGCUGCUUUAGUCCAGGGCACAACAGUCACCUGUGACACUCCUGAGGCCCACAGACUUCAGCCUCUACCACAGGGAAACGAUUCAGUGUCUGUCAUGCUGUCUCUGCGCUUCGGGACGGUCACUGUAGCACUGGCCGGCUUCACCUUCUACGACUGCUCUGUGGUGCAGCAGCUCUCUGCCAGCAUGCCGUGUAGUGGUUGUGUGAACAGCCGCUGGAAGUGUAACUGGUGUAUCCAUCAGCAUGUGUGCACUCACCGCUCCACGUGUGACAGUGGUGCCAUCAUCUACAACCAACAUUUUACCUUCCCUACGUCUGCUCCUCGAACAAUAAAAGACUCGUACACAUAUACCACCUCCACACCCACCACAAGCAUAACAACAGUCCUCCCCACCACUGAAGCUGGCAUUACAACUGAAGCAAUUAUAAUGACGACCACUCCAGAGCCCACCAUCGCUCCCACUACACCACUGGAAACCACAACCCCAAUCAACAAUCCUCCCACAACCCCCAACCAUGCCACAACCAGCCCCACUCCACUGCCCACCGACACCAUCACGGAGGCCACGACCCUCUCGCAGAACGCCUCUCAGGUGGAUGAGAGCAUCCAGGUAGGUUUGCUGUCGACCCCGACUCCGCAAUCCAAUGAAGAGCUUGCCAGACACUCGACGCCUGAAGUGACGCUGCCCGCAUUGAGAGCUGGCGAAGUGGUGACGAUGGGGCCAUUAAGUGAAGUUCUGCCAUCUGAAGUGGCUACCCUAUCAUAUACGGAGAUGAACAUGGAUGCCCUUUUAGAGACGGGACUCCCAGUGUCAUCCGCUAGCGCCCCCUCUGGCGACGGUGAGGCAGGCCCUGAUUCAGCCGAUUUCGCUCUCGCUCAAGAUACUGACUACCAGUCGGACUCAGACGACCUUUUGUUGAUGGAGGAGGAGAGUUUACUGGUGAGCCGAGGCUCUCAGGCCUGUCCAUGUGUGGAGAGGAUUCAGGGCAGUUCACUCCUACCUGUCAAUGUCGAAAGGAAGAUCACGCUACUGGGACGCAACUUACACCUCUAUCAGGACAAAGAAUUUGACUACCAGUGUGUGUUGGUGAUCGAGGGCCGAUCGGUGGUGGUGGACGCGUUUGUGGAGGGGGAUGAUACUCAGCCAUCUCUGUUCUUUAUCACCUGCCAGCUGCACCAGUACUCAUACUCUGCUGCUGUGGAGGAAUACAAGAGCAUGAUCUCCAUCAGGAGGAGGGACUCCUUCCAGAUGGAUUACCCAGAAGACCUGCAUGUGCGGCUGUAUAACUGCUCUGUGGGCCGCUCAGACUGCAGUCGCUGUCACACGGCUGAUCCGCAGUACGGGUGUGUGUGGUGUGAAGGGUCUCCCUCCAGCUGCGUCUACAAGAGCUCCUGCACUGAACAUGUCCAGCAGACCUGCCCUGCACCUCACAUACACACGAUUGAGCCUCUGUCUGGUCCAGUGGAGGGCGGCACAGUGGUCACCGUGUCUGGCUCUAAUCUGGGCCAGAGAGCUGAAGACAUCCAGCACUCAGUGAGUGUAGCAGGAGUCUCCUGUUCCGUCAUCCCAGACAGAUACGAGGUGUCCUCCAGUAUUGUGUGUGAGACUGCAGCUAGUGUCGGAGAACAGAGCGGCCACGUCUCAGUGCAGGUCAGAGGAGGAGGAAUCGGUCAGUCUGCACAGCGCUUUCACUACCAGAACCCAGUAUUAUUGGCAGUGUCUCCCCUGAAAGGCCCAAUGUCAGGCGGCACGUCACUCACUAUAACGGGACAAAACCUUCUGACGGGCCGCUCCAGUGAGAUCAGCAUCCUGAUUGGCGGAGUCCCCUGUCACAUUUUACCGGAGCAGUUUAGCAAUGAACGUGUUGAAUGUGUGACCGGAGGCAGUAACAGGACUGGAGAGAGCGGCGUUACUGUGCGGUUUGGUAGAGCUGAGCGCCAUCUAAAGGAGACCCACUAUCAUUACACCCCAGACCCCAAUGUUACCCAUGCUGCACCCUCCAAAAGCUUCAUCAGCGGUGGACGAAUCAUCCGAGUGGCUGGUCAGCAUCUGGACGUGGUGCAGGAGCCCCGUAUCCGUGUGACCCUCACGCCUCUGGAGCCACACUCACAAAAGAAGAAGAAGAAGAAAAAGAGGAGGAGCGCGGUUCACAGUCUGCUCAGGAGAGAGCGCCGUAUCGUCCCAGAGCACAACUGUCCCGAAGGCAGCCUGUGUGUCCGCAAACAGGUACAGUUCACUCAAGUGGAGGAGAGGUGCUCGGUGAACAGCAGCACACUAAUCCUGUGUCCCACUCCAGAGGUGGGCCCUGAGGCACUGCGAGCGGCCGUCACGGUGCACUUCCUCCUGGAUAACUUGCACUUUGAAUUUGAGGAGGUCAGCGGGAGCCCCUUCAGCUAUGAGCCCAAUCCUGUUCUUCAUCCUCUCAAUCAACACGAUCCCAGCAAACCCUUCAGACACAAACCCGGCAGCAUCAUCUCUGUCGAGGGGGAGAAUUUGGAUCUGGCCAUGUCGAAGGAAGAGGUUCAGGCGCUGAUCGCUGAUGGAGAGUGUGCUGUAAAGACUUUAACCAGAAACCACCUGUACUGUGAGCCUCCAGCACAGCAGCCGUCAGUGGCAGCACUCAAGAAACGAGACGCCACUGACACACUACCAGAGUUUACAGUACGGAUGGGGAAUCUGAACUUCUCUCUGGGACGGGUGCAGUAUGACUCUCAGGGUCCCGCUGCAUUUCCUCUGGAGGCCCAGGUGGGCGUCGGAGUGGGAGCAUCCAUCGUGGCUCUGAUCGUGUUGGUUAUUGUGCUCAUUUACAGGAGGAAAAGCAAGCAGGCACUAAGAGACUAUAAGAAGGUACAGAUCCAGCUGGAGAAUUUGGAGACGAGUGUUCGGGACCGCUGUAAGAAGGAGUUCACAGAUCUGAUGACAGAGAUGAUGGACGUGUCUGGUGAUCUCAUGGGCUCAGGGAUCCCAUUCCUGGAUUAUCGUAAAUACUCUGAGCGGAUUUUCUUCCCUGGUCACCGUGAGUCUCCGCUGAGACGAGAUCUUGAUGUACCCGCGUGUCGCCGCGCCACAGUCGAGCAGGGGCUGGUUCAGCUCUCCAACCUACUGAACAGCAAACUGUUCCUCACCAAGUUCAUCCACACUCUGGAAGCCCAGCGCACCUUCUCUCCACGGGACAGGGCGUAUGUAGCCUCCCUUCUCACGGUGGCACUGCAUGGCAAGCUGGAGUAUUUCACCGACAUCCUCAAAACUCUGUUGAGUCACCUGGUGGAGCAGUACACCACCAAAAACCCCAAACUCAUGCUGCGAAGGACUGAGUCUGUGGUGGAGAAGCUGUUGACUAACUGGAUGUCCAUUUGCCUUUACACCUUCCUCAGGGAUACAGCAGGUGAGUCCUUCUACAUGCUGUUCAGAGCAAUAAAGCAUCAGGUGGACAAAGGCCCAGUGGACGCAGUUACAGGCAAAGCCAAAUACACACUCAAUGACAACAGACUGCUGCGGGAAGAUGUGGAGUAUCGCACAUUGACUCUGAAUGUUCUAGUAAACAAUGGAGGAGCUGGCGAAUCUCAGACGCUUCCCACCAAAGUGCUGGACUGUGACACCAUCACACAGGUGAAGGAGAAGAUCCUGGAGCAGGCGUGGAAGAGCACAUCAUUCUCCCAGAGACCCUCUGCAGACUCUGUGCAUCUGGAGUGGAGGGCAGGAAUGGCUGGUCAUCUGAUCUUGUCAGAUCAGGAUUUGACAUCAGUUGUUCAGGGGUCCUGGAAACGCCUCAACACUUUACAGCACUAUAAGGUUCCAGACGGAGCGACAGUAACACUGGUGUCACGACAAUCCAAGCAGAUCCACCAUGACAGCCAUGACUACAUACCAGGAGAGAAGACGCCGAUGUUGGAAGAUGGAGAUGAAGGAGGAGUGAAGCAGUGGCACCUGGUGAAAGCCAAUGAAGAGGCAGAGCUUCCCAAACACAGACGGGGCAGUUUGAGAGACAAAGAGCGUGAGAGAGCCAAGGCCAUCCCAGAGAUCUACCUCACACGCCUGCUGUCUGUCAAGGGUACACUGCAGAAGUUUGUGGAUGAUCUGUUCACUGUGAUUCUGAGCACCAGUCGGCCGGUUCCACUAGCUGUCAAGUAUUUCUUCGAUCUGUUGGAUGAUCAGGCGGCACAGCACAACAUUACAGACCCGGAGACAAUCCACAUAUGGAAAACAAACAGCUUGCCACUGAGGUUCUGGAUCAACAUCCUGAAGAACCCACAGUUUAUCUUCGAUGUUCAGGCCUCUGACAAUGUAGACGCCGUGCUGUCAGUCAUUGCUCAGACCUUCAUGGACUCCUGCACUAUCGCCGACCACAAACUGGGCAGGGAUUCCCCAAUCAACAAGCUCCUGUACGCUCGAGACAUCCCACGCUACAAACAAAUGGUGGAGAGGUACUACUCGGAUAUCAAACAGACGAUCUCUGUCAGUGACCAGGAGAUGAACUCUUCUCUAGCUGAACUCUCUCGGAACUACUCGAAUGAAGUGAAUCAUCUAGUGGCAUUGCAUGAGUUGUACAAGUAUAUCAACAAAUACUAUGAUCAGAUCAUCACCGCUUUAGAAGAGGACUCCACUGCUCAGAAGAUGCAGCUGGGCUACAGACUCCAACAGAUCGCCGCCGCUGUGGAGAAUAAAGUCACUGAUCUCUGACCUGUAACCUCACAUAGACACUCCAAACAGACAAAACCAGUGAAAGCACAGAGACCUCGUACUUGUUGAACUCUCCAGAGCGCCAAGGAGAACAGAGAACAUUUGAGAGGGAUAAAAUAAAGACGGCAUUGCCAGAUUGAAGAGGACGUCACACACUCAUUAUUGCUGCUCUCUGUGUCUCUGCUUAACACUAAGAGGCUUUGUUUUCAUCCGCCAACACAAAAAGUGACUGCUGUUAUUGGCGGAGAAGUGCUUCGUUGGAUUUGCUAGGGUUGCUAUCUGCGACCUUUCAAGCAUGCUUGAGCGCCAUCUUUUCUGUAUGUAAAAAAAAGAAGAAGUCUUACGAGGACCGACUAACUUUUUGGGGGAUUCUUUAUGAAACUGCGCAUUCAAGCGUUUGGUGUGAUGAUGAUGAUGAUGAUGAUGAUGAUGAUGAUGUGCUUUAUAUUGCAGCCUUUGUCUUAAAAAAAAAAUAAGGAGCUGAAAAGGAUUUAAAAAAGGACAAGUAUAUGAGUUUUCUUGCUCCGUAUUCCCAUAGACGUUUAGUUCUGUGAUCUUAUUUGAGUUUUAUUUGCUAAAUGGAAAACACUGGUUUAAGGGACCUGUUUUCACAUGACUACAGUAUUAUAAACAUUAAUAUGCAUGGAUAACUCACUGUUAAUUCAGAGAUUUUAAGUUGGCACAUACGUUGUCGCAAGCGUGUGUGUGUUUUAUUGUCGAUUAUGGUUUUGUAAAUGGCAGGUUAACCCGAUUAACACACUUGAUUUAGGUGAGUAGGUGUUCAUGUAACGUUCACAAGGCUCAGUUGUAUAUUUGUUCAUAAUCAUUGAUUUUCCAUGUUAAAGUGUGUGCUUUUUGAUGGGGUUUUUUUUGAGUUUACGUUCCCGAAUACGUAUAUCUGCGGUACAUCUCUGCACACUUGGCUAAAGUAGACAUUUUUGUUAUUAUUUGUGCGAUUAUGAGCAAUUUUUGCUUUUCUGCGACUAGUGUCACACUCUUAAUGCUUGGCUUGUUUUGGCAAUCAGGUCAUGACUUGCACUUUUUUUUUAUUUUUAACUCUGAGCUGAACACUGAAUGCACAUUUUAACGUGGACUAAAUUCAGCUUCUGUAAUAUCUGUGCAUCGCUCGCUUUGUUUUACGUUUUUAUUGAUUUUUAAAUGUAUUUAUUUAUUUAUUUUGUGUUUGACUGGUGUACAGACCAAAUUUGGUAAUUAUGAUCCACCCUCUAAAUUAAAAAUAAUUUCCCCUGCCAUUUCGUAGUCAGAGUGUGUUCAGAUCUCUUAAGCGUUCAUUCAUACAGAUAUACUGGUCUUAUUUUUUGCUGUAGUUCACUGUUGUGCUCUGUGUUUUGUACGUACGUGUGGCUGUGAUACAGUGUAGAUUAUUUUGUUAAGUCUUGCACAGGUCGCGCUGGCUAUUUGAAGCUAUUGUAAAUUCUUUCUACCAUCAGUUGUUCUUUUACCUGUGCAUUUCUAUUGUAAAUAAAAUGUUGCUAUAACUCAUAA